AGUAAGGAACACCAGUGCACUCCAAUCCAGAACUGGCAAGCCCACUGACUGGCAAGUCCACUGACUGAACACUCAAGGGACAUAUCCUGCGCUGAGAAUAACUCAUUCAAAAGUUUUUACAGCCUCUAUGAUGACUUUUUACGCAGAUCCAUUUAAAACGUCUAGUGCACUUGCAAUGGACUUCAAGGAGCUGGGAGGCGAGGACAACUGCGAAGGAGAUACAGAGGGAAACGCUGAAGAUUUGAACAAUGUGAAAGUCCUUACCGAAAAACUAAAGUUACAAACCCGCAGACCAUCCUACCUUGAAUGGCAGGAGCGCUUGCAGAGCCGACCGUGGAAGGAGAACCCAAAUGGUUUAGAUAAUAGUCAAGAGACUGCAGAGAAAUAUGUGUUUUUGCCUGAAAUAAUGCGGGAUGAGAACUCAGAUCUAACCAUCCGCAACAUCUGUGGCUUCGAUACCAUUGAUGAUGCGUUGGAUUUUCUUAGAAAAGAGCUGAGGGAGAUGCGGUUCCAGGAUAACCGUCUGGCGCGCCAGCUGAUCCGUCUGCGUGUGGAGAUCCACCGGCUGAAGGUGGAGCAGGUGUGUCACCGCCACAAGGAGAUGCUGGACGACGCCACCUACGAGCUGGAGGAGUGUGGCGAGGAGUCCGACCUGCUCUGUGACAUCCCCAUGAAGGCUGCCUUUGCUCUGUCCACCCCCCUCAAACACCUUGGCCUCACCAAGAUGAACAUCAACUCCCGACGCUUCUCCCUCUGUUGAAACAUAUACCACCCUGCGAGGCUUGAUUUACUGUAUUAAAGCCUCUAUCUAAUCUAUGCAGGGUAAUCGGGGGUUUUCCACUGCACAGGUUUCUGUUAUGACAUGAGAGGGAAGAAGAAUGGCUGGCAGAGCGUGCAGACUGUAAUUAGCCAAGUGGGAGGAAAUGGAAAUGACUCCUCUGAUCCGUGCCCUAGUCCUGACGUGAGAGAGACACAGGCCUCCAUAGUAGAGCCCUGUAGGCGCACGGCAUACACCCAUAGCAAAGCUGCACCUUUCCAAUGCACCUCAGGGAAGGUGCAGACUGAUAGGUCAGAGUAGAUGGACAGGGAAGCUAGUGAUGAGGUGUGGCUCUGGAAUGGAUAUGGUUUGAGUUUGAAUUGCCAUGGUGUCAGAUCAAUUGCACUGUAUUUAGAUAAUUAGUUAUGAUGACCCACUGACAUACAGAAUAGGCCUGACUGCCAUGGUGGUACUGUAACUAGAGAUGUCUCUUGAGCGUUGCACAGGGGAAUUGUCUUUCUUCAGACAAAGAAAAAAUGGUCACAGCGCUAACACUCAUUAACACGAGUCCCAUACUUUAAUCACAACCCAGGAGGAAGUAUGUAUCUCUUCAUAGACACCUUAACACUAGUCACACCCCCAGGGACAUUUGACAGCCCAAUGGGAAGCAUUUCUCUCCCCUCUGCAUUGGCAGAGUCCCAGUCCACACUCUCCAGGAAGCUGUAGGUCACAUUCCAGCAUUCUGUCACUUCUUCUGAGACCAAAAAUAGCAAGGACCUCCAUGGGGUCAUGGCUUCCGUGAUAGGACAUUAUUGGAGGCGAUGCCUUAUGUAGUACUCCAUGCGUUUUAUUGUCCUUUAGAUGAUCCAGAUGUUGUAGACAGACCACAGACCACAGCCCAAUGUGCUAUCAUUGUGUUUUACAGUAGAUUAUAGGCUUGGCCUACUGCAAUGUUGUCCAAGUAAAAAACUGUAUCAAAGUUUUAGAUGUAUUUAAAGAUAUUGUUCUCAGGAAGAGAGAGGAGAAACUGAAAGUAUUUUGGGGGGGAAUUUUGAGGGAGUGAAUGUUGAACAGGAUUUAGUGGGUGUUAAUCAAUGAUACAAAAUGUUUGCUGAAUAUACACAAAGCAAAAUGUUGAUUUGUAAGUGCUUUUUAAUGAUUAUGUACUGAUUCUACUCUGCUAAUGCAGGAAUAUCUCAAGGCCAUCCAUUUAAUGUAUGAGGGAAAUGACUAGAGGCUGACUAGAGCGGUUUUCAAGAUGCUUGUUUUUCAAUGUUUUUGUUUAAAUGCACAAAAAAUUGCAACACACUUGAAAAUACACUUGAGAAAGAAAA